GCUUGUUGAUGUCAUGACGCAAACAACCCGGAAGUCGUAGGUGUGCGUGUGCUGUCAUCCAGAGAGGAAGCACUGAGCUCGUAUUUGCGACAAGAUGGCAGGACUGCCCCGCAGGAUUAUAAAGGAAACUCAGCGCUUGUUUGCGGAGCCUGUGCCAGGUAUCCAGGCGGAGCCUGAUGAGAGCAACGCCCGCUAUUUUCAUGUGGUCAUUUCUGGGCCUCAGGACUCACCUUUUGAGGGGGGUACAUUUAAACUUGAACUCUUUUUACCGGAGGAAUAUCCGAUGGCAGCCCCUAAAGUUCGCUUCAUGACUAAAAUAUACCAUCCAAAUGUAGACAAGCUGGGAAGAAUAUGUCUAGACAUUCUGAAAGAUAAAUGGUCACCAGCUCUGCAGAUUCGCACAGUGCUGCUGUCAAUCCAAGCAUUACUAAGUGCACCGAACCCUGACGAUCCCUUAGCAAAUGAUGUUGCAGAGAAGUGGAAGAGCAAUGAAGCUGAAGCUAUAGAGACAGCCAAGUCAUGGACCAGACUUUAUGCAGGAAACAAAUGAAGUGACCAGCAGCCUGACAUGUGAAGACAUACAUGGAAGUCAAGUGUGAACACAAAAUCCUCAUUUUCUGCCAAUACCUCCUUUAUUUGCAUUUGAAGGACACGGUCAAAUUAAAUACUCACACACGUAUGUUAUGGAUAAACAAUAUAAUAAUGAAAAGGGAAAAAACCUGCUGGCACUUAGUCAAUUUAAAGUAUUCUAGUAAAAUGGUCCAUGUCCUAAAUAACUCACUACUGUUUAGUCAGAGGUUUUGGAUUUGCUCACCUAGCUUUUUUUGUACAUCAGUAGUCUGCCAACUGCUGCUUUAUUAACCAGCUGAAGGGGGCGGAGGGGGUCUCGAGUCCCUUAUUUUUCCUCUGGGGUCGGAGGGUGGGGGGGAUACCAGUAAUGGUUCGAGGAAAGGAGGGCUAGAUUUGGCCAGUAUGAUAUAUUUUUAUGUUUCUUUUAACUUUGUGUUCCUUUAUUCGUGCUAAUUGAACACAGCUAACAGCUACUAAUAGUUACCUCCUGUAGUGUAGACGGUCACCUGGACACGCACAAUCACAAACUAGCUCUCCCUAUUUAACCCACAAGUAACCGGACUGAAAGCGAUCCUGUUACUUUCACAUCACCAUCACUUUUCAACCACUGCUUUCAAGGACUGUGCUGUGUGUUUGUCGGUGACAAAGGGGAGUUAGGGUGGGCCUAAUGGACCUUGACUUAGUUUUUUGUUUCAUUUUCAGUAGCGAGGCCUCUGUAUUGUAUUUUUCUUAGUACUGUCAUACUAAACUCCACUCAGCCUUUUUUCUUGUGCAUUGUCAGUAUGACGCUACAAGACUCGGUGGCGUAUGAUUUUCCUCUCCGUGGUAAUUAGACUACAAAGCAGGAGUUCCACUUGAGCUGUCAUGUAUUAAAUAGUACCAGUCAAAAUUGGGGCAGCAUAAGCGAUGCUGGGUUGUGGCAUGAUCAAUCUCCCAAUUUGACACCUGACUGUCAAUGUUCUUUGGCCACUAAGUCAAGUGAACUGUAAAUUAUUCUUUCAGAUCAUUAAGGGGGGAAAGUUUUUCCUGUUCUUACAAUGUUAUGGAAAAACGUCAUCUACAUCCAUUUCAGUUCUGUAAAUAAAAACUAUUAGUUAAUAA